UCUCAGUCGCCGGCCACACGUUGUUAAAAAAAGAGCACAAACAAAGUGCGUCGCAUUAUCGAUUUGUCACACAUCGAAUAACAAGAAUUAAAAGUGGAAAUUUGUGUAAUUAACUAACCAGCAUAAUCGAAUGUAGUUGAGAUAAUCGCUAGACACCAAUCUAGUGGCUGCAAAAACGAACCUUUGGAAGCGGCCAAAAAAGCAACAGCUGUCCACAAUAAUAAAGGGUCGACCAAAGUUCAGAGAGCCGCGCAAUGGGAACUUUAUCAUUGAGCGACUACGAGGAUGUUCGCAUUUGGGCACCUUGGGGCCAUAUCUCGGGUCGUUGGUAUGGCAAUCGAACGGAACGUCCCAUACUCGCUAUUCACGGCUGGCUGGACAAUCUGGGCACCUUUGAUACACUGAUACCUCUGUUGCCCGACUACCUUGGGGUUCUCUGCAUUGAUCUGCCGGGACAUGGCUGCUCCAGUCGUCUGCCACCCGGAAUGCACUACAGUAUGCACGACUAUGUGUUCAUCAUCGCUCGGGUCAUGAAGGCGUACAAGUGGCAAAAGGUCUCACUGUUGGGUCAUUCAUUGGGUGGCGCCUUGGCCCUUCUGUUCACGGCGUUGGCGCCGCACAAAGUCGAUAUGAUCAUCUCGCUGGACAUUUGCCUGCCCAUCCUGGAGUCACCGCGGAUGUUGUCUGGCUGGGCUCCGUACCUGGAGAAGCAUUUGGUGGAGGAGGAGCGUGCCGAGCAGAGUGAAAUGCAUGAACCGCCUUCGUAUACGCUGCCUCAGCUGCGCAGUCUAAUGGCCAAGGGUUCCUUUGAGUCGGUGCCCAAGGAGUUUGCUCAUCAUCUACUCUAUCGCAGUGUGGCCAAGUCGCAGUUGUAUCCGGAGAAAUAUUACUUCUCCCGCGAUGGCCGUGUAAAGUAUUACGUUAUAUUCCCGAUGAAUCGAAGUCAGGGUUCUGAGCUGGCUCGUCGCGUUAAGAAACCGUUUCUUAUCAUUAAAGCAUCCAAUUCUCCCUAUGUUAGUCCCAACUCCGAUGAGGCUAUCGCCAUUCUAAGAAAAGAGAACCCACAUUUCGAGAUGCACGAGGUGGCAGGAGCACAUCAUGCGCAUCUCACAAAUGCCACCGAGGUUGCCAAGUACCUUGUGCCAUUCAUACGACACCAUCGACCGCCUCCGGUGUCUAGUUGGUCGCUGGCUGGCGAGGAAGCAAACAUCAGCAAAAAGGAGAAACGCAAGGCCCAGGAGCGUUUCUUUUCCUGGAACUUGAAACGACGUAGCAAAUUAUAAAGGGGGAAAUAGCAAAUGGGAAAAGGAUAAAACUUUCAACUUUUUAUCAAAAUAAA